GAAGAGUAGCAUCUUUUCCAUCGAGAGAGUUUUUCCUCCCAAAAAGCCAAACUCAGAUUCCUCCAAAUGUCUCAGCUGCAACAAAUGCCCAUGCUUUUGAUGAAAAUUACAAUACUGCCAGGCACUUUUGUUACAGCAGAACGAGGGAAAGAAACGAAAAAAAGCAGAGAAACAAUGUUCGGCAAAACCCGACAUUCAAUUCAAUUCAGAGUUGUGCCCAAAAUUUCCCUCCUGAUUCAAUUCAUUCAAUGGGCAAAUCCAGAUUUUGAACCCCUUUCGGUUGACCGGCCUCUCAUUCUCCCUGCAUGCUCUCCACCUUGCCUCAAACUCAAACCCCUAAAAAUCAGCUCCAUAGAUUCAAGCUUUCUUUUCAGCUCCUGCCCUUAGUUGGCGUUACUGAUUUGGGGGUUUAAUAGAUGCAGUGAGCUCUCCUUCUGUGCGUGCGCCCUCUCCGGUCUGUCUUGUUGAGUUCAGUGCAGUGAGAUUGAGAGGGACUGCGUGUGGUGGAUUCAGGGGGGGAAAAAAAAAUGGCCUCUACCUCAAACACCCCUUUGAGUUUGACAGAGCAGCUCAAGGAGGCUGGGUUUAGCCUCCUGCAUUCACCUUCCUCCGUCGAGGAGCUGCUUCCUCUUCUUGAUUUUUCUGGUCUAGGAUCUAGCAUUCUAAUGGUGAAAGGAGCAGAAUGUUCUUGCUGGGAAUCAAUUGUACAAAAGAUGAAGCUUCUUGUAGUUCUCAAUUCUUAAUGGUUGCCAUCUUAUAUCCACUGUAUUCUAAGUCUUUACUUCCGAGUUCGUUCACCUUAUGCUGCUAAAGCAGAAGAUCUGCUCUUCGACGUUGACCAAGCACCACCUGCCUCAGUCAAAGAUGCUCUCCUCCCCAUGAUGAAGGCGCUGAAAUCUGACACGAUGCUGAAACACUCUGAAGCCAUCGUGAGAGUUUCAGUAGCAUCCUGCAUCCAUGAAAUUGCUAGGAUAACAGCGCCAUUGGAGCCUUAUGACGACGAGAUAAUGAAGGAGAUAUUUAAGCUAACUGUGUCAUCAUUUGAGAAGUUGUCUCAACCUUCCACCAGAUGUUAUGAGAAGGCAGCUUCAAUAAUCUACACCAUUGCACGGGUCAGAUCGUGUGUGGUGAUGCUGGACCUAGAAUGUGAUGGUCUGGUAGUUGAGAUGUUUCAUCGUUUCCUGAAGACCACUGGGUCAAACCACACAGAUGAUGUGCUAUGGGCGAUGGAGAGAAUCAUGACAAUGGUAUUGGAGGAAAGUGAAAAUAUCUCCAUGGACCUCUUGGAGCCACUACUAGCGAGUGUGCGGAAGGAGAAUGAGAACGUGGCGCCCAUCUCGUGGAAGUUGGGAGAGAACGUAUUAUCCAAUUGUGCAGAGAAGCUUAGACCUAUUCUCAAAGAUGCAGUGCAAUCUGCAAGCAUUGUUUUGGACCAAUAUGCUCCUGUGAUCGCGACCAUAUGUGGAAGUUCUUCUGAUAAUACAGAACAUCUUCUUGCUAAUGGUUCACAAGAGCAAGGGAGGGGUGAAGCUCUUGCUGUUACUUCGACAGAAGUGGGUGCCAAGUCAGGGUUGGAUGGUGCUCCGGUGCCAGGAACUAAAUCAAUGUCAGCAGAGGAAGAUUCUUCAAGCAAGAUGAAGUCAUUCAACCUGUUGGAUGCUGAUGGACCAAUAGAGCUUGCAUCCCUGUCUGAAGUUCCAAGGAAAAGAGACCGGAGACCCAAUUCUCUGAUGAACCCAGAAGAAGGGUAUGAACACUUCUGGGGCCUCCAAGACGGAAAAUGUCACCAUAUUACGCCUCAUGAAAGCCCAAAACCUCCAACUUCCGAAGAAGGAAGGAAGAGAAGAUUCUCGAGAAAAAAAGGAAAUGCCGUGGGGUCUUCGGUUGCUUUACCUGAAACUGCUUCAGAUGAGGAAGGUGAGCUCCUAGUCAGUGCUGAACAGAGACGGCCAAGCGAACCCCUCUAUAGGGAAGUGCCAAGUUCAUCAAAUGGAAGAGGUAGUAAAAAGAAGAAAAGUGGCGCGACAUCUGAUAAGGAGAAACCAGCAUUUUCAGGAAAGAAGAAGGUGGACCUAUCUGCUUGCACAUCAUCGACUAAAGAUGGAUGUAGCUCAGAAAAGGCUACUGGAAGAGGUCUCAAAAGAAAACGGGCCCCAAGAAAGGAAGAGAAGUUUCACCAGCAAGAUGUUGGGGAGGAAGUAGUUGGCCAAAAAAUAAAAGUUUGGUGGCCUCAGGACAGAGUGUUCUAUGAUGGCGUCGUUCGUUCUUAUGACCGGAAAAGGAAAAGGCACCAGGUGGUCUACACUGAUGGUGUGGAAGAACGUCUAAACCUGAAAAAGCAAUGGUGGAAACUUAUUGAGAAUGAUGAUCUGCCAGAUGAAGACUCUGCCAAUCCCGAACAUAAUAAACAACCUGAGCUAUUACAUACUUGGAAGAAGAGAAGGAGAUUAAAAUUGACUGAAGACUCUAGCCCUUAUCGUCUAGUAAAGAGGGCUGAAGCCUCAUCAAGUCUUAUGAAGACUGAACCCUCGGCUGGGUUAAAUGAAGAUGAAGCAGUUUUAGUUGAUGAUAAUUUAUGUGACAUGCGUUAGCUGGGAAAAUUUUGUCAGAUUAUUGUUAAUACGGGAAUGAAGGGAACUGGAUUACUUUUUUUUUUUUCUUUUUUUUUUUGUUGGGGUAGUUUUGUUGGCCCUUGUAUACGUUCCUAUUAUGAUGUUGAUAUAUGUCUUCAUCUCCUUGUGAGAGAUAAGAGUAGCAGUAAUGGUGUAAUUAUGAGCUUGCUUAAUCGUGAUUCUUGAUUGCAUAUGAAUACCAUCAUCAAAUAUAUAUAUAUACAGCUUCCAAUCCGUA